AUGCGUCCGCUCAAGAUGAAGUUUCGUUCUACUGCGUGGUGGCAACGCUUGGCGGCGUUGCCUUUCGUGCGUCACUUUACAUUGCCAUUGGGCUUGGCCAUCAUGGUAUUGGCCUUGUCCGUGCUGAGCAAUGGGUUUGAUCUGUCGGUUUAUAACUCUAUCCAGGCGAUGGACGCCUUUGAUCGCAGGUUUGGGAAAUGUAAUGCGAAAGGCGUCUGCGCCCUGGAUACAUUCCAUCUCGCGAUGUUGAACUCAUUUCCUCUGAUCGCGUAUGCAGUCGGUCUCCUGAUUGCCACUCUAAUCGGCGAAAGGUUCGGUCGACGAACAGUCUUCGUCGCAAUGAAUGUGGUUUGCCUCAUCGGCAUCAUCACCUCAUACACAGCCCAGAGUUUUGUACAAAUCUUUGUUGGACGCCUACUGGUCAAUGCCUAUGUCGGCAUGGAAAGCUGGUUGGUCCCUCUUUUCCAAGCCGAAAUCGUCCCAGCAAAGGUGCGCGGUGCGGUUGUCUCCUGCUAUCUACUUGGUCGUCUACUUGGCUCUUUCCUCAUUAGUUGUGUUGGUUACAAAACUGCACACUGGGCGGGGGACACCUCCUGGCGUACGCCGCUGGCGGUCUUGUUCUCAAUCCCGCCCGUCUGCCUGUGUCUCACAUUCCUGAUCCCCGAAUCGCCGCGCUGGCUAGUCAGGGUGGGGAAAGAUGAAAAGGCCCUGCAGAAUCUGCGAUACUUGCACGAUGGCGACGGGGUCGAUGUGGAAAUGGAGCUAGUACUGCUCAAAGAAUCACUGACUCUCGACACCGAGGGAGGAGGUUGGCUGGACCUUUUCCGGGGUUCCAAUACCGGCCGUACCGCAAUUGCGAUGAUCACCAAUUUUUUCGGCCAGGCCACUGGACAAUCCUUCGUGAACAACUAUGGGACCAUCUUUUUCAAGACACUCGGUGUGAAUCCGUUCCUAGUUACCAUGUUCAGUACUUUGGCUGCCCUUGUCGGUGCAGCCCUAUUCCUCGUGCUGGUUGACCGCGUCGGACGGCGUCGCUUCUGGCAGACAAGCGCACCUCUAUGCGCCCUUAUUAUGCUGGUAAUCGGUGGACUCGGUGUGAAGCAAGACCCCUCAGCAAACCAAAAGUUGGCGAUCGCGACAUUAUUUCCCAUCUGGGGGAUUUUCUACCUCAGCUCUUUUGCGCAACUUGCUGCUCUAACCCCAGCCGAAAUCCCAUCGUUGUCCUUGCGAGAAAAAACGGCGAUGAUGGGAUGGAGCGUCCAGAAUCUUACUAAUUUCGUUUCAACCUUCACUGUGCCAUACCUCAUCAAUGCUGGCCAUGGUAACCUUCAUGCCAAAGUUGGCUUUGUCUACGGUGCCAUUGGCAUGGUAGGUGUAAUAUGGGCCUUCUUCUAUUACCCGGAGCUGAAAGGGCGAUCUCUGGAAGAAAUCGACGAAAUGCUUCGCCAGAAGAUUCCUGCGAGAAAAACUGCCGAAUGGCGCAUGGCAAGAGACGGAAUUGCGUUCAAGCUGGCAGAGAUCAGCCAAGAAACUAAUGCUGAUCCCGAGGAGAAAGGUGGAGGUAUUCUUGUCGAGAAUACAGCGGUUUAG